UGCUUCCUUCGAUAUGGCACGCGUCUGCUUCCCUCCCGCAAGUGAUGAAGCGUCCGCUACGCAUCUUGUAAUGACGACAGGUCCGGGCAAGAGCGAGUGGCAAUUUGCCGAGCGCGGUUUGCGCUUCUCGUCUCGUUUCGACGGUGGUAACAUGGCUCAUGUGCAGUUGAAUCCGUCAGGGUCGUUCGACGUCAAAGUUUCCGAAGACGCCGCAGCUUUUGGCAUUUCUACUGGAUACACUACCUGGUUCUACUUCGAGGUAGAACAGACAGUAGUCGAAGCCAGCAAAACUACCAAACAACCCCAAGAUCUGCACUUGACACUGGUGAAUCUGAAUCCGCAGCGUGGACUGUUCAAAAAUGGCUACACGAUCAUGUAUAGCUCAGUUGAAGCGCUGGAUGAGACAGCAGCAAAUGCAACAUCUUCCUGUGUCUUCCAGGACGAAAAACGGUGGGCACGUUUGCCUACACCACUGAGUUUCGAGAAAUACACAGUUCCAGUGGAGGAGUCGUCGAUUCAUGAGAAAGGGACCCGGGAACAGCAAACUAGUCAAGAGGAAGAAAGACAAGCGGCGAAUGGACCGCAAGAUAGUUCAGUUAAACCAGCUUUGAAAGCGAUGGACGCGAAGAAGGAGGUGAAAAUGCGACUGUCAUUCAGCUACAAGUUCAAUUUUGCUCGAGAACGGGUAAGAUUUGCAUUCUGCUACCCGUACACAUACACGAGGGUGCAACAGGAACUCGAAAGCUUAGACCAACAAUAUGCAGAUUCAGAACAACGUGACGUGGAGUCACCGAUACCUUCUGCGAAGGAGAAGAUGUCAUCGAACGUUUACUAUCAUCGCGAGCUCUUGACACGUUCAUUGGAAGGUUUACGUGUCGAUCUGGUUACGAUAUCGUCCUGUGACGGCAUCGCUUCAAGCCGAGGUCCUCCAUAUCGGAAAUUUGAAGCACAACAAAGCACAGAGCGUCUUUCAUGCAAGAGUGCGUUUCGUUUCGAUCCCAAGCAGAAGAAAAUGGUUGUCAUCUCUGCACGAGUGCAUCCUGCAGAGACGCCAGCGAAUUUUAUGCUGGAUGGCAUACUCCAACUACUUCUCCAUCCUACCGACGAGAGUGCAAUUGCAUUACGAAGGAACUUUGUCUUCAAAAUUGUUCCAAUGUUGAACCCCGACGGUGUAUGUCAAGGUUUCUAUCGUACAGACACACGCGGUGUCAAUCUGAAUCGCGUGUACGAAGAUCCACAGCCUGAACUGGCUCCGACGGUAUUUGCUUUGAAAAAUCUACUACUUGAACUUGUUAAAGACUAUGGAGGAGCCGAUUCUAUCUCAGCGUCGGAGAAUAUGGUCUACCUGGACCUGCACGCACAUGCGAAUCGUCGUGGCUGCUUCAUCUUCGGUAAUAACCAUCUCCCAGACAUGCUCAACGUGAACAAUGAAGCGAUGGAGAAGGCUAUGGCUCGUCAAGUCCAGACACAAUUGUACGCACGACUUGUGGGUCUCCACACGCCAUUUUUCGACUACAUGGCGUGUUUAUUUGACAAGGACGGCAUGACGAAGCAUGAUCUUCGCGACAAUAGCAAUGCUACCACUUCGCGCCAAGGAUCGAGUCGCGUGGCUCUGUAUCGCGCCACAGGACUCACGUAUGUCUACACGAUCGAGUGCAACUACAACGAAGGUCGUCGAAAUUUACGCACUUCCACUGUAAUGCCUUCGUCAUCUACAGUAGACAAUACAGGACCAGCCAAGCGCUGCUCCAGCUUGAACGGAUCAACAAAGAGCAUUCAACCAGACAGACUACGGAUACCGCGUCGGACAGCUCCAACGAGCACUCGGCUGUACCUCAAAUAUUCGCCAGCAGAUUGGAGAGACGUUGGCAUCGGUGCGAUCAUAGCGCUCUUGGAUCUAUUUGAAUUGCCCGGUGCGGGACAGCGAAUAGAAGACUCUUCAUUUCGGUCUCGCGAUGGGAUCAUGAAGAAUCUUUUAGCAGAAAUCAGGGCCGCAACUCCAGGCGAAGCCUUAUAUUCGGCGAAACCCAGCAAGAACAGGCAAAGAAUCCGGCAGAUUGUCAAGCAGCAAACAAGGGUCAAUGCGUAGCCGGUAUGAGACCUGUGUUUAAGUGUCUACUGCAUGUUCCUGUGGGACAGAGAAGUACCAUACAAGGAUUAAGACUUAGCAUGAAUUCCACCACAGCAGGACAAGUUUGGCCAACGAAAAGGUUGAUGAGAUUAAGAAGGGACAGAUCUACGAAACUACUUUGAUCGAUCUAUCUCUACUAGAAGCUAUUAAACGUGGGCAUAUUUAACGUUGGCGGCAAAUUGAGCUCUGAUGGGAGCAAGCUGAAGGUAGUA